GCCAGAUGGUAUAAUUCUUAUCACUUGUUGACUCUGAUGUCACAUUCCAUUUCAAGCAUCUUCUUCUUCAAGUUUCCAUCAUUGAAUCCUCGAAAUUUAUUCUGCAUAAAGCACAGGUUUCUAUUCUCCUUUCCUUCGCCAUGGUUUCUAUUCUCCUUUUUGUAAUAUAAAAAUCCAACCAGAACAACCAGAACACACCGUUGUCAUCAUCUCCAUCAUCAUGAAUCAUUCAAUGGAGGCACACAGGACCGAUUUGAUGACCAUCACCCGAUUUGUCCUUAACGAGCAAUCCAAACACCCAGAAUCCCGUGGUGAUUUCACGAUCUUGCUCAAUCACAUUGUUCUUGGCUGCAAAUUUGUCUGCUCCGCUGUCAACAAGGCAGGACUUGCAAAACUCAUAGGUCUCGCCGGAGAGACCAAUGUUCAGGGUGAAGAACAAAAGAAGUUGGAUGUACUUUCCAACGAAGUUUUUGUCAAGGCUUUAGUUAGCAGUGGACGUACCUGCCUUCUUGUUUCAGAAGAGAAUGAAGAAGCCAUAUUUGUGAAGCCAUCUAAGCGGGGAAGAUACAUUGUUGUGUUUGAUCCAUUGGAUGGAUCCUCAAACAUUGACUGUGGUGUUUCCAUAGGAACUAUCUUUGGUAUUUACUUGGUGAAAGAUAAGGAGAACCCAACUCUUGAUGAUGUAUUGCAAUCUGGAAAUAGUAUGUUAGCAGCUGGAUAUUGCAUGUAUGGCAGCUCUUGUAUGCUGGUGCUCAGCACAGGGAACGGAGUCAAUGGUUUCACACUUGAUCCAUCUCUUGGGGAGUUCAUAUUAACUCGUCCUGAUAUUAAGAUACCAAAAAAGGGAAAGAUUUAUUCAGUAAACGAAGGAAACGCCCAACACUGGGAUGAGGCAAUUACAAAGUAUGUGGAAAGGUGCAAGUUCCCUACAGAUGGUUCAUCCCCAAAGUCUCUUAGAUAUAUUGGAAGUAUGGUUGCAGACGUCCACCGAACCUUGCUUUAUGGUGGCAUCUUUUUAUACCCUGCAGAUAAGAAAAGUCCCAAUGGAAAGCUACGUAUUCUGUAUGAAGUAUUUCCAAUGUCAUACUUGAUUGAACGAGCUGGAGGCCAAGCAUUCACCGGGAAGCAAAGGGCACUCGACCUGGUUCCAAAGAACAUACACGAGCGGUCCCCUGUAUUCCUUGGCAGUUUUGAUGAUGUUGAGGAAAUUAAAGCACUCUAUUCUGCUGCUGAAGGAAAGACAUCAUCAUAGAACUUAUAAAGCUCAUUUACCAAAUUACUUUUGCUUGCAAAUCUGAUGUUAGAUCAUCAUCCUUGUGCACGAUAAAGUUCCUCGCUAUCAGAACUUUACUGUUUAAUAAUUGCAAUAAAAUCAUUGUUCAUUC